CGCGGUGGACGCUCCCCGCACAGAGCAUCUUUCACUGGACCGCCUGUCAGGACUCUGCCAUCUUUUCAACCGUUACAGUUUGCAGACGGCUCCGCUUCAGGACAAAUGCAACAAAACAAUCCCCUGAAGCGAAAGCGUGCAAACGCCGAGCCCGCUGCCAAAGAAUGGCCGCCGUUUGGGGCGGCAAAGAAUCUUAGUCUGAGUCUGGCCUCUCUGCGGUGGAGUCCUGAGGCUUUAGGCUGGGCUCUGUCUGCUGGGUCUGGAUCAGAAACAUUGGGAGGUCCAGCAGAACUGGGUCCAGAAACUGAGAUUUACUGCCGUCGCUGGUUGAUGCUGUUUCUGUUUGGUGCCGUCUCAGCCAGUAAUGCCUUCAUGGGUCUCCAGUAUGCCAUCAUCAGCAACACCUUCAUGCGCUUCUACAGCAUGGACUCUCUGGCCAUCGACUGGCUGUCCCUGGUCUACCUUCUCACCUACGUUCCUCUCAUUCUGCCCGUCCUCUGGCUCCUGCACAACAGGGGGAUCCGGGACGCGGUCCUCGUAGGAUCAGCCUUUAACACAAUCGGUUCUUGGAUAAAGAUCGGGAGCGCCGGUCCGGAUUUGUUCCCAGUCGCCUUCUUAGGCCAGUUUGUGUGCUCGGUGGCCACGGUCUUCAUUCUUGGCAUUCCUUCUUAUCUCGCCUCAGUUUGGUUUGGAGAGGAAGAGGUCUCCACCGCCUGCUCCAUAGGAGUUCUGGGAAACCAGCUGGGCUGUGCCAUUGGGUUCCUCCUCCCCCCCAUCCUGGUUCCGAAUGUAGACGACCUGGAUGAGCUGGCUCAUCACAUCAGGGUGAUGUUCUACAUCACGGCGGGCGUGGCCACGUUUCUCUUCAUCCUGGUCGUGUUUGUUUUCCAGGAGCGUCCGCCGCUCCCUCCGACCCUGGCCCAGGCGACGGCCCGCUGCAUCCCAGCCGAGGAGUACUCCUACGUCGCCUCCAUCCUCAGGCUGCUGCGCAACAGGCCCUUCGUCCUCCUCAUCCUCACUUACGGUCUGAAUGUGGGCUGCUACUACGCUGUGGGGACGCUGCUGAACCGCAUGAUCAUCUCUCAUUAUCCUAACGAGGAGGUGAACGCCGGGAGGAUCGGCCUCACCAUCAUCGUCUCCGGGAUGGUGGGCUCGCUCAUCUGUGGACUCUGGCUGGACAGAACCAAAACAUACAAACAAACGACGCUGGCGGUCUACCUCAUGUCUCUGGUGGGGAUGAUCGUCUACACAGCCACGCUGGACCAGGGACACCUUUGGGUGGUCUUCAUCACCGCCGGAUCUCUGGGGUUCUUCAUGACGGGGUAUCUGCCCCUCGGCUUUGAGUUUGCGGUGGAGCUGACCUACCCGGAGUCUGAGGGAACGUCGUCAGGCCUGCUGAACUGCUCUGCUCAGGUCUUUGGGAUCAUUUUCACCAUCUGCCAGGGGAAGAUCAUCGACGCCUACGGCACGCUGGCGGGAAACAUCUUCCUGUGCGUCUUCCUGCUGAUCGGCACAGUCAUGACAGGUUUGAUCAAGUCUGAUCUGAGGAGACAAAAAGCCAACCAGAUCGCCAAAGAAGAAGCAGAGAGGCAGAUGUCGGGUCAGGACUAUGGAGCCACGGCCCUCCUCGCCCAGACGCAGCCCGCUUCCUCUCAACCCUGACCAAUCAAACUCUCGUUUCCACAAACAAAUCUCUUCAAAUCUUAGCUCGACUCUCAGAAGCACAAAGUGAAAACUAAACCUUUCAACCAGAUGAAGUCGGUACUGAAGACUCUAGACGAGCCGUGGUUCUCCUCUGAGGUUCGCCCCAUUUUUCCCUCAUCAUGAACACCUGCUGACAGGUGGGGGCGGGGCAUGGAGAGCUGUGUCGCCUCCACAACAGCAUUGUUGAUCCAUCAGUGGAUCUGGAUCUCCCUCCUUUCCUCACUUGAGAACAGAACUCAGAGACACCUGAACUCCAGACCUGGAGACGCAGAAUUCCCCCGUCUUCCUCAGACUCCAUGCUGGUUCCAAUCCCGACCGCCUCGCCAACGUCUGCAGACCAACAGGAGUUUGAAGCCUAAAGAGGAGACCAGCUUUAAGCUGCUCCAUUUUUACUUCCUGUGGACUCGGUUCUCGGCCCAAACCCAGGAUCCAUCAUCAAGAAACGGCAAGAACCAGAGAAAAAUCCAGAAAACGGCCGUCAGAUUCUGCUGAGAAGAACCCGUUUCUGUGCUAGAAGGUCCAAAUGGAGUCUUCUGAAACCCCUGCAGCUCCAAAAGGAAAGGCUGCAGCGCCCUCCGCUGGAGAAAGCUGGUACUGCUCACCAGUUCCACCACAGACAGACUCCAGGAAGGCGUUCUCCACCCUCCAUCCUCCUCCACAGCAGUGGCGGCUACUGCUCUGUCUGAGAGGGGAAGCUCAUUUUCGGCCUACAUCAUAAAAUUGUCUAUUUAUUUAAAAGUAAAUUCUGGCCUACGUUCCUUUUCAAGAAAAUGGUCACAGUAAUACAAUUUAAAGCAAUAAAACAAUAUAAUCACAGCAAUAUAAUUUAAAAAUGUUUGGAUGGAGCAAUUUAAAAAAGGAUCAUGACUGAUUUUAUGUGGGCUUUCUUUAUAAAAAUCAAUUUUCAUUUAAUCUUUUAAAUCUUGGUUUUAUUUAUUCAUAGGGUUAGGGUUAGGGUUUAUUUAUGUUUAUCUAGAACUUUACUGAUCACAACGAUCCAAUACAAUAAAGUGAAAUACAAUAACAAAAAAGCUGCCGUUAGCUUCCGAAUCGGUAUCAGCCGGAGCCGCAGAGGAGCUGCUCUGUUUGAGACCGUUUGUUCCCGGUAGACUCACCGAACAGCAUGAAGAGCAGCGCGCAGACCAGCGUGGCCACGAAUAGCUUCAGUGAGUCCUUAUAGGACAGAAGGGCUGUCAGUCAAAAGGAGAAGCAGUCUUUCAACAGACCCCCCAAUCGUCACGCAGAAGCUCAGAGUCCGGGCCAGCCCACUCCCCAUUCACCCCCAGAGACGCUGAGCGUCCGUGGGCGGGACAUAAUCGCAGCGUUUAUCCAAUCACAUUCUAGUUUCGAAGCGCUGAGAAAAACCGUUCAAAGCAGUCCCAUUGAAGUCAAUAGACGCUGGGCUUCAAUAGGGAAAUGCACUGUGACGCUGCAGGAAUGUAUGAGAAGGAAAUGGAGUCAGCCAACCUGCUAUAUGUAACUGAUUCUGAACAAACUCGUCUUUGAGAUGAACGUUUUCUAACCCAUUUUUAGUCAAUAAAAUGUUAAUACAAUACAA